AUGAUUUUAGCAGCAGUGGCGGAAGCGGUCAGUUCUAUGAGAGAUACAAGUGUUCAAAGGCGGUUUGAGAAAGAAGUUGAGCUAACCUUAGCUUGGGAAGCUGAGAAAAUGAUUGUGGAACGUUUUGUUGGUGAAUCUUCGCUGACGGACUUGUAUGACGGAACAUCGACAUCAGCCUAUGGGUUUAGGGGAAGCACAUCGCUAUAUGAGGAUGAAAAUGAAUUUACGUGGUCACCGUCAGAGGAAAUUGAGCAAAAUAUGGGAAAUCGAGGGCCACGAGUUGAAAAUCAAGAAGGAUCAGAGUACCCAGGAGAGAGUUGUAGUGAAGUUAACCAGCUGGCACUGACCGAAGUGGUUAUUAUUGACGCAGCAUCGACAGCUCCUAUAACGUGUGAGCAAUCUAUGACGCCGACAGAAGAAAAAGUGUUGACGUUUUCUGGCAAGGAGAAUCGCUUCGCUUGCGCCACAUGCGGUUAUCAAGGGAACAACCGAAAGGCAUUGUACAGGUGUUUCGCUUGA